UACAAGGACUGGCAGGAGUUGUGCGGAUUUCCAGACAAAGGAGAAUUCAGCUGAAAUGUCAAUAAUAUGGAAUAGUGAUUCUGUAUCGCCCUUGAAACCUAUAUCUAAAGAAAGUGAAAAAGCUUCAGAUCCAUCCUUUAAAGAUGUGUAUCCCCAGGUGGUCAUCGUGUGUAUCCUUCACUCAGUGUUCAUGCAGACAGGCAUCAACGUGUCGUACUCUGCGACCACCCUUCCUCAGCUAUUGGAGGAAGGCUCUAGUCUACGAGUGACCGAGGAUCAGGCGUCCUGGAUAGCCAGCCUGGUAGCCAUAGCCACCUUAGUGGGCUCCCUAGCCUGUGGGGUUCCCAUGGAUGUUUACGGUCGUAAGGCUACAGCUAUCAUCACCUGCCUACCCAUCAGUCUCGGAUGGGUCUUGUUAGCAUUUACACCCAACAAUGUAUGGAUCGUCUACAUUGCCAGAGUCCUCACUGGGUUGGGUGGAGGUAUGACAACCGUCUGCCUUGUAUACAUCGGAGAGAUCUGUCACCAGCAGUUCCGGCCGAUGCUGUUGUCUCUCAACAGUGCCUUUGUGAGUCUUGGCAUCGUAGUUACCAACAUUCUUGGGGUGUACCUGCACUGGCGCACAGUGGCGUUCUGUUCUGGGAUGUUCAGCGUGGCUACUUUACUGGGUAUCUGGUUGUACUGUCCAGAAAGUCCACAAUGGAUCAUCACAUAUCAGCCAGACAAUCUCAGUGAAGCCAAGAAAUCACUGGACAGACUCUACACCAACAAGGCUUUUGCCCAGACAGAAUAUAACAGACUCCUGGAUUCUCAUCAGACGCGGCAAGUCAACAAACAACCAAGUUCAAACUUCCUCAAAGAAGUCUUCAAGGGUCAAAACCUGAUCCCGCUUCUAGUCCUGACUACGAUCUUCCUAUUCCAACAACUCUGUGGAUCAUAUCCGAUAUUUUUCUACGCUGUCAACCUGUUCGAGUCGAUUGGAACGAGUGUAGACAAGUACGAAGCUUUGAUUCUGCUUGGAGUGGCAAGACUGAUUAUCAGUUUUGUUACUGCAAUGGCCUCCAAGAAGAUCGGAAGAAGGCCUUUAAUGAUUGCUUCUGGUAUUGGUAUGACUGUGAGCAGCGUUGUUGUUGCAGUCUUCUUCAGUCAGAGACCUUAUGAGGGUCUUUUCGCCCAUGCGGAUAACCAAACCGAUCUCACGACUGUGACCAACGCAGACCCAUACUCUUGGGUUGGAGCUGUCUCGAUUCUCAUCUACGUAAGCAUGACCGCUUUCGGGUUUCUCAUCAUUCCUUGGAGUCUAAUCGGAGAGCUUUUACCAAUGUCCAUACGAGGCAAUGGAAGUGGUUUCAUCAUAUGUUUUACUCACAUAAUCAUGUUCGGCGCAGUAAAAUAUUUCCCACAUUUUCUAGAUGUGUUCAAAAUUUCUGGGGCAUUUUACUUUUUCUGUUUUAUCUCCGUCUCGGGAACAGUCUUUGUGUAUUAUUUCCUUCCGGAAACUCUAGGUAAAAGUUUCGAUGAUAUAGGAAAACAUUUUGAGUCCUUAAGGAAAGGAAGGCGUACAUUGGCUGUGUAAGUUUUCUAGUCAACAAACUAGUCAACAAGAAGUUGAGUAAUAUUUGAAUUAGUUGUAAGAGGAGAUUUUUAUUGAUUUCUUAAGACUGAUGAGGAUUAUGUUUAUUCUUCAACUAGCAAAGUAAGCGUAUUUUAGCUGAAAUAACAGGUUAAAACACAAACAGAAUUACUUCGUUACAGCAAUAAGGACUUGGUGAUUUUCUGACUUUUUUUUUAAAACACAGCAUCCUCUACAUCAAGGGAAACUUAGAAAGUAGCUUUUCUGUGAUGCUUGUUUACAAACUAUUUAUUUUCUUUUAACAAUUGGUAUGUAUGGACAGUUUCUAAUGAUUACCAUGGAACUUGUUUUUUUUUAACUAGGCUAUUUGAUAGAUUAAAUUAGUUUUAAAAACUAAUUAAAACAAUUAUUUGCACAGAGAAUUAAAGUAUAGAGGAAACAUUCAUUGGUACAAUUAAGGGUGUCUAGUAUUAGUCUCUGGUGUCUAGGAUCACACCACCCCCCUUGCCAUCAUGUACUACAACGCUAACGGUGGAUGAAGCCCCUGUGCCCUGUGCAAUAGGAAUUUCCGCAAAGUGCUUUCCACACAGAAUCUUCCUUGCUUGUCACAAGUAUAUUUCUGGCAAAACCUACUAGAGCUGAAAGCGAACGGUUGUCCCAUAAGUGUGUUCCUCUGUACCUUACUUCUCUGUCCAAUUAGUUAUAUCAAAAUUGUGUCAUCUACAACAACAACAAAAUAGUAUAUUUCAUAACAAGAGUAGAAAAUGAGUCAUUACAUAUUUGAGAUCACAUGUUUGAAGUGAGAGAUUUAUCGAACACUUAUGGUCGAGAAUAUGUAAUAACCCACUUUCACUUGUGUUUUAAACGAUACUUUUUGCUAUUCCACAAAGAUAAUUUCUUAGUAAUUAAAACAGACAUUAGAUAUAUCUUUAUUACAGUUAGGAACAUUACUAAACAUACUCAUAGCAUUUUUAGGACUUGUAUUGAUUGUACAGUUUUGGUUGUUGCUAAUUGAAACAGUAGACAAAACAAUAAGAAAUCUUUGUUUGUUAUUGUCGGAAAAAUACAAAAAAAGAUAGUAAACAUUUUUCACAUAGUAAACAUUUUUUUAGUGUAGAAAACAAUGAAAUUUUACAGGAGGAAUUUUUACAGGUGAUAAACAUAAACAAAAACGGGUAAUUUCACAGGGUAGCGAAAAAAAUAUUAUUAACUAAUAGCAAACAUUUAUAAGAAAAUGUAGUAAUACUGUAUGUACACUCUUCUUCCUAAUGAAUACUUUGAAUUACUUUUUCUAAUAACUCUCUAUAGGGUACAGGGUUAAGGCAAACCUUAUUAAUGUAAGCACAAUGUGGUCUGAACAAAAACAACUUUCAAUGUUUUUAUAUUUUUAACAAUUUAAAAAUUAAAGAAAUAAGCCUAUUUUUAUAUUUCUCUGUUAAUUUUUGUUUAGGUUAUGUCCUUUUAUGUCUAUUUUAAUAAAAUAAAAUAGGAUUUUAUGUUUGUUUUAUAUGAUUUAUUUUAACACGAUAUGUCCAUAUUUAACUUGUAUAAAAGAAAAAAAAUUAAAUCUGUGUCCUUCUCUAUAGUAAUGUAAAAAGAGGCAAACCUGGUGUGCGCAAUCCCUAUUAAACUCAAUAAUGCCGUCAACUUCCACCCCAGCCGGACACCAUUUUUUUAAUGUGGGUAUCUCCCACCAACUAAAACACACAUUAUUGAGCAUAGUAUGGAUCCACGGGAUUCGAACCCACGCUUGUAUAAAGGAACUCGUCAGGUAACGCCUUGGCCAACUGAGCUAACAUGCCACUGUCACCCGAAUGCUACAAGUGUUGCUAUAAGCACACUAGUGCUCUUAGGUGAGAUACAAUGAACUAAUGCCACGAGCUACACACGGGCUUAGGUUUUUUAAAGUGUUAAUACAAGCUGAAUCUUAACCUACUAGCUUUGUUUUUAACUACUUAAAAGAUCCAAACCUUAACAAUUUUCAGGCAUCAAACUAUUGUUUGGCU